GACGGAGCCACGCGUUUAGACGUCCAGAAUUAGAACCAACAGCUGUUAAUGGGACUCGUGUUGUAUUGAGGCUGCUGGACGUUUGGUCUCCGCCUCCUUCAUCCAAUAUUUCAUGCAUUCAUUCGCUGUGACGCGCUGAUAAUCGAAACUAGUUGCAGCUGUGCGCGUCCGACGAGCGACGGAGGAGAAGUGAUGUUUGCGGUAAAGAUAGACGACUGUCUGCUUCGUGGAGACUCUUCUCAUCUGGUCUCUGUGAUUCAGUAUGAAGGACUCACGAGCACCACCCUCAGCACUCUGGACACGCUGGUUACCAAGUUUGUCUCUGCAGGAUCUGUGUGGGUCGGGUUUUAGUAGAGUCCUGGUUGUGCUGAAGUCUUUGCGGAUUCUCUCAGAGAACAAGGACGACCUGCAGACCCUCAUCGACAAUGGACUGACCGCUAAAGUGCUGCUGUGGUUUGAUGCUGUCCUUGACCUGCUGACCUCUGACCUCCACAGAAGCUCUGCCCCCCUGCUGAGCCUAAUGGAAGAGUUCUGUGACUACUUCCUGGUGCUGGGUCAAGCCUCCCUCCCAGCCAGUCAGCUGUCCGUCGUCCUCCUCCACUUGGCCAGGGUCGCUCUGGACACACGAAUCCAUUUCCCUCUGAGACUGGAGGCCGUCAGGACAUUCAAUAGUGUCCUUGAGCCCUUGAGCCGGGAUCAGCGCAAAGUGAUCCAGAACGACCAGAACCAAAUACUCUCCCAGGUGGCGGCAGCGGUUCUUACUGUUGGAGACUAUGAGCUGCAGGUCAGCCUGUCGGAGGCUCUGUGCCGCCUGACGCCCAGAAAGGACCGCGAGCAGAGAGCCAGUCAGUGGUUCUCCAACCGUGACAUCAGCAGGGCCUUCUGUGAAAUCAGGGACGGAGACUUCGAGGUGGACUGCAGACGUUUCCUUAAUUUCAUUAAUUGUUACCAUGGAGACCAGAGGAGGGUCUACACCUUCCCCUGUCUCACAGCCUUUCUUGAAUCCACUCAGCUUUUUCAACCCAAAGACGAAAAACUGGAUGACUUCUGGAUUGACUUCAAUGUGGGUUCAGGAUGUAUCAGUUUCUUCAUCGAUGAACCCCAGGUAGCAUUCCUGUGGGGGUCCAUCCACCUGCUGAGGGACGAGGUGGACCACUACAGUCUGCAGCUGAAGGAGGACGAGGUGGUCCUCAGCGUCAGCCUGACCAAUCCCAUCAUGCACCACAACAGCAGAGGUCAGACUGUGAAACUGAGCUUCAGCUGCGAACAUCAGAAGGAGCUGGGGGAGGCGACGGAGCGAGUCUUCAUGAAAGCCCAGAGUUCUCCCCAGGUUAAAGACCCAGUUGGUCCAGUCCAGGCUUCUCCCUCUGUAGCUAAACAUGGUGAUCGCUCCUACAGCAGGAAGAAGCAACAGAGCAAGAGUGUCCUGAAGAUUCUGCCGCUGUCUUCACCGAGCAGCGAGGACGAGUCAUCGGCACCGAAGGCUGCAGGAAGAAACCGGGCCGAGGUUCUGUUCGAUCAGAUUGUGCACUCCACUCCGUCGUACCGCUCAGGCGUUCAUGUGCGGGCGGCGCUGGACUCCCCUGAUCCCACAGACCCGUUUGGACAAAGCGGAUCCGACUUGAAGCAGUUUCCUGUUUGCUUUCAGGAUGUUUCCAGCUCCAGCAGGAAGAGAUCUGCCCAGGAUUCAGGUUACCUGUCGGACCCAAACGUGUCGACCCAAAAGCCAAAGAUGGAGCCCCGGUCCGAGGGAGAGGACUCGGCCCAGACAGGGUGCCCGGUUGUUGUGGAGGAGGAGGAUGGAUUCUGCACCGAGGAGGCGGGCUUAUCUGCUGAGCAUCCUGUGACAGAACCAGAAGCACCGCCUCAGUUGGACCUGACCUCAGGCAUCACAGCUGCCUUCAGGCGUUUCAAAGAUCAGCUAGAAAAGCAUUUUGCUGAUUGUUGGACCAAAGUAGAAUCUGAAGUUCUGCUGUCCCUGAAUGAGUGUCACCAGCAUGUGGCCUCACUGCUAACAGCAGUCCACCAACACAGGUCAUUAAUGCUGCUGAAGUUUGAGAACGGCAUCACUGAUCAACUGGAACAACUGGACCGGACUUCCACAAAUCUGAACUGCAUCAACUCCCAGAUCCUGAGUUUCUUCCAGUCUGAGAUGAAGCAGCUUGGCUCCUUUUGCGAUGAGCACCUGCAGAGGUUGAAAUCUUUGGAAAAUGAGGAUGAUUCGGUCACACAGUGAAACCGAAGAUGAGCGUCUUGUGAAGAAGAACCUCACACACAUCGUCUGUUAUUAACACUCACCAAAUGGCAUUCCGGGCUUGGAUCCUUGUCUGGUUUUGUUUUUUUCUUGUUUUUGUUUUAGGUCUAGAAUCGGUUCACAAAAUUAAAAUCACCUCAAACUUUG